AUGACUGAGACGCUGGUAAACGCAUCAACGCCUGUCGAUGGCGUUAGGGUGUUGGCCUUGAACAGGCCAUCCAAGCGGAAUGCACUCUCUCAAGAGCUCAUUGGCUUGCUCCUCGAGCAUUUGACCGCGGCAUCUUCGGACAAGAGCGUGCGAGCCAUUGUGAUUACUGGAAGCAGCACCUUCUUUUGUGCUGGGGCCGAUAUCAAAGAGAUCUCCAACCUCGAUGGUGAGGAAGCUCGGCGGGUCCGGUACCUCGAGGACCUUUGUUUAGGUCUUCGUAGCGUUCGGAAACCAUUGCUAGCGGCAGUCGAGGGCAUGGCGCUUGGGGGCGGGUUCGAGGUCGCUCUGAUGUGUGAUCUGAUUUUCGCCUCAUCAGCCAGCCAGUUUGGUCUACCGGAAGUCAGCAUUGGGCUGCUGCCGGGAGCUGGAGGCACCCAGAGGCUGACAAGCGCAGUUGGCAAGUUCAAGGCAAUGCAGAUGAUCUUGCUUGGGACUCCCAUCACAGCCUCGGACGCCAUGUCAGCCGGCCUGGUGGCCCAAGUUGUUGAGCCCGGCACAGUACUGGAGACUGCGGUCCAGACUGCCUCCAAGCUAGCCGGCAUGAGCACAAGUGCCAUAUCUUUGGCCAAAGAAGCCAUCUGCAGAGCCGAUGAUCUUGGCCGUGAUGACGAGUUUGAAAGAAGCCUCUACUAUUACGCCAUUGGAACCAAAGAUAAGCGUGAAGGCGUUGGCGCCUUCUUAGAAAAGCGCAGUCCUAGGUGGGAUUGA